UGGGUAAUCGUCUGCAUAAUAAUCGUUACUGAUACUCCUUCCGGUAAUUCCCGGAUAUCCGGUGAAGAGAAAGAAUACAUAACCGGAAGUCAAAGGAAUCGGGGAUCAUUUCCAAUACAGGAUGGUGAUACGGUCCCUUGGCGUGGCAUGAUGACGUCAUAUCCUCUGUGGGGUAUUCUAGUGAGCCACACUUGCGGAGCUGUAGGAAGUCACGUGUAUCUGUCUUGUAUAUCUACCUUCAUACAGCAUAGUAUCACUGAUAACACAUACAAGAGCGUCUUGCAAGCCACUCCACAUUUCGGAUUGUUCGUGGUCAUAGUGUUGACCGGACACAUUGCUGACCAUAUCCGCUCUACCGACUACCUGUCCACGACAUCUACAAGGAAGAUAUUUAACUCGAUAGGUGAACUGACCCCAGCAAUAGUCCUCAUCAUCGCCGGGGUCCUGCCCUCCUCCCACCCUACCGUCAAGCUCACCCUCCUCGUCACGGGCGUGUCCCUCACCGGCUGCGUCUACUCUGGCGGCUACAUCAUCAACGCCAUCGACAUCUCACCACAAUAUGCUGGGAUAGUAUUCGGUAUCUCCAACACCGUCGCAUCGGCUUUCGUCCUCUUAGGCAGCGCAACAAUUGCCGAAAGUGUCCAUGCCGGAUAUCAAGGCAACUGGGAAAUUCUUGUCGUUGUCACUGCAACAAUCUACAUCUUCGGCAGUCUCUUCUACCUCGUGUUCGGCAGCGGGAGCCCCCAGCACUGGAACACGACGCCAUGCCCAACCCACCACGAUGAGACACGCGAACCCGACAUCGCCAACUCGGCAGCAAAGCCAGUUACGACGCCUCAAAUAGGAGGGGGGACAUGCGCGUCGUUACACGUGGACUUUAUUGAUGAGGACGCGCGGACAUGACGGUUGUGUACAGAAUGCCCCACAACAUAUGUCAGUGUUUCAACUCGUUAAUGAUUCUACAAUUUUAAUCAUCUGCAAUGGUCCAUAGUGGCACUGGCAAAUCCUGUUUCCCGAGGAAAUCAACCUCCUGGAAGUGAGCUGACAGACUUUGUGCAUGAUCGUGCGCUGAUGACAUGGGUCGAUGCUGACAACACAUUGGUGUAUUGCGCGUGAUGACUUUCUGAUUUACAAUGUCACACUGUUUAGAUAUUCUGAGGUUCUGACUAAAAUAAACGACAAUUAAUGCCUUUUUACCAUCAAACAUACUAGUUUUGUGAAUAUUGUGUGCGGAGUAGAUUACAGUUUACAAAAUAUUUCAAACUAUUGUCAUGAAGUCUUUCAAUGUCAUUUAGAAGUGAUACACAUAAGUAAGAGAAUUUAUGGAUGUCAACUGUUUUAUUAUGAGGAACCCAACGUUUCGGGGUAUUUACUUACUCCUUCGUAAGGUGGAGGAGUAAUUAUAUAUAUACUCAAAGAAGUUGACAUCCAUACGUAUUUUUGUGCGGAUAAUGAAAUAAAAGUGUUAAAAUCUAUCUAUAUAAACUUCUAUCGUCGUUGUCACUGCAUCAUAUCUGGCUUCUAAUAAACUCGCAGAUAGGUCCGGGGCGGUCGGGUAGUCUAGUGGUUAAAGCGUUCGCUCGUCACGC